AGGCAGUCAGCCACCCAUACAGUCAUCCAGCUUAUGCCAAUCUAAUCACUUACAUCCCACUGACCCCAUGCCUUUUUGAGGAGAGAGAUACCGAGCAAGAGAGCCACGGGGGGAGGGAACUAGAAUUCUUCCUGUAUGUGCCGUUAAACCAACCAACACCACGCUCGUAAGAAACUCGACGGAACAAAGCCACACAUACAUAUCCACACCCGUACCGUACAUGGCCAAAUAACGAAAACGAAAGCAAAAGCAAAAUCAAAAGUGGUUUUCCCCUUUCAAAUCACAACACCACCACGCCUGGCGAAUCCCCUCCUAACCUUCAUGUCGCACUCGUCGAAGCGUCGCCGCAUUAUUCUUCCCGCGCCCAGUGCCCAGCCCUCCGGUUCUCUCCCUCCUACACCCGCAACCGCAGCAGCAGCUGCGGCGGCGGCCCAGCAACCCUCCGCCUCUGCACGUGGAACGGGAGGACAGGCGACCAACAGCGAUGAGUCCUCGAGCAAGGCUUCGAACACCGAGGCCAGGAGUCAGAGCGUUGAGUCCUCAGAUGACCCGAAGCCGCGUGCAAUUGCGUCCAAGCGACAGGUCAUUGCCGUUGCUUGCGACAACUGUCGACGGAGAAAGGCCAAGUGCGAUGGCCAACGCCCGAAAUGCCAGCACUGCUCCAAGCGAGGCGUCGACUGCCACUACGAGGCGAACCAGGGCGAGACGGUGAGUCUCGCCCUCAAACGCAAGGCCAACGUCUUGGAGGUGGAAAACGCACAGUACAGAGACCUCUUCCGCAUGGUCUGCACCAAGACCGAGGACGAGGCAAAGGAAAUUUUCCGCCGCAUCCGAGUCUCGGGCGAUCCCCUCAGAGUUUUGGAGUCCAUCCGCCAGGCAGAAAUUCUGCUCCCCACGCUAUCGACGAAUGAUCGGUUACACGACUCGAGACUGGCCAAGAUCAACGAAAAAGCCCUCGAGAACAGCCCCAUCCGCGUGCCCGCCAAACCAUGGACCACCGUGGUAGACGAUGGUCUAGUGUCGGAGCUCAUCGCCGACUUCUUCAUCUGGGACAACGUGAGCUGUUUCCCGGCCAUCGAGCAAACCGUGUUUGUCGACGACAUGCGAGCCGGCAGCAUCAAGCAAGCCAAGUGGUGCUCGCCCGUCCUCGUCAAUGCUAUUUGUGCAGUUCGCGCACCAUUCCUCGAGAGCGCUAAACAGUUCAGUGCCGUCACUGGCAGAGACCUCGCCAGACUGUUCCGGGAGGAGGUUAUGCAGCUGCUGGAAAAAAGUCAUGGACGCGCCACAAUACCCACCAUUCUGGCACUCGUACUCGUCGACUGGUCGGCCAGCAUCGCUGGAGACGAGUCCGGCGCCAAGAUGUACCGCUUCAUGGCCUGGGAGCGGUACAAGCGAUUCAAACCCGAGCGGCGGUUCGCCAUGCUCAACAAAGACGACCCGGCCGAUGCUGUCGAGAUGUUGUGCAUUUCAAGGGCGGUAUGGGCCAUCUUCUUCAUGGAAAGUCGAAUCUCGUAUUUCUACAACACAGUCGCCGAUAUCCCCCCACCUUCAAUACCAAGAUUAUUCGACAACCACGGCAGAGACGCCAUCGAGCCAAGAGGCAACAUUGAUGUCCUCGGACGGCCGCACCUGGCAUCAACGAAUCAGAUACCCAUCGUGCCGGGCAUGGCCACUGUCGUGUCAAACCUCGCCUGUUUACAAUACGACAUCAUGCAGUACCUCACUUCCGGCAGCACCAUAAAGGGCAGCAUAGAAGACGUCAGGAGGAAGAAGCACUGGUAUUGCAGGUUACAGGAGUUUAGGGAGGCCUUGCCCACCCGUUUCCAUGUCGAAAUUAACUUCACUCCCGCGACCUGCUUCCUCAGGAUGCACGAGAACGAAAUGGCAUACGUUCUUCUGCAGUCCCUCCACCCAUCAACAAAGUUCGAUACCCCCUUUACGACACCUACCACUACCGUGAAAUCUCUCUGCCUGCAGCACUGCAUAUCCGACACGACCAUUGCAGAAGCAUACUUACAACGAUACAUCACCCACUCCUACAUUACCCGCCAAGUCUUUGUGGCUACGCAAAACCUGAUGCCGUUUCUCAACGACAACCACGCCGCCACGAGUGACCUGUUCACGCGCCUCUGCAUCAUCGGCGGCCUCUCUGCCCGUGUUGUUCGCAUGUCCAUGUACCUUCUGCAGGCGCUUCAAGCCAUGGCGUGGGCGAUGAAGUUGGAUAUACCCGCCGAAGCGAAGCAGUAUCUUGACCCCUGGGUGAAGUUGGCGAUCCAGGAGAGCGAGACGAGGCCCCCAAGCUACGCCGUGCCGGAUCGCGAAGAAAUCAAAGCGCUUCUGGCAGAUGACGACCAGAGUGAAGGAGGGGCCAGGGAAAGCGGCGCCGAACUUUGGGCUCUGGUCGAGAAGUGGGCUGUCAGUGGCGGCAAAGGUCCUUGAUAUGGAUCUCGUCGAUUGGACGUCUAUCCGGCCACGCCUUGGAGUCGUCGUAUUUGAACAUCAUCGUUGCAUUUGACCUUCUGGCUUUGCCAAUGUCAUGAGUUCGGGUCCCGAAAUGGACUUCUACCGCGUAUCUUCGCUCCUCAUGGGUUACCAGGCUGGACACAGAACCCCAAAUAGCCAACUGUCAUAGAGUUUCCCAGAUUCACUGGACGAAGUCGUCGAUGUCAACGCUUUGAUGUCAAUAUGCAACCACCGAAAAGAAGUCAUGUACAAGAAGUAUAUACAAUACACCGCGAACACUUGCGUACCCAUCAUCCAUCCAUCUGCC